AUGUGCAUUUCCCAGAGAAGGAGCUCCAAUUGUGAUGAGCAAAUUUCAAAACAUCAAUGCAUUGCACUAGUUAUAAGAGGUGCAGAUUUGAAGGAUGAUGCAGAAGUUGGGAAGAUGGAAUUGGUCUCAGUAAGAUGGAUGGCAUUUGCCUUGAUGGUUUUUAUCAUUGCACCUGAAGCUACAGCUCAGUUUUUGCCUCCUAAUGGCUAUCCAUUCGUAAACUAUCAAGAUAAAAAUCAAGCAAUUUCUUAUCCACAGCCACCAAGUUCAACUAAUCUUCAACAACUUUUUAAAGAUAUGCAAGAGUAUCAAGUUAAACUCCAAGGUUUAAUGAAAAGCCUAAUGUUACAAGCAGUUCUUGGUACAUCAAGAAUGAAUGGAAUGCCAUAUCAAGCAGAGCGCAUGAUGUCACGGUAUGCUUCUCCACCAACAGGAUAUGCAAAUCCAACAGGUUUUCCCAAUCCCAUGGGGUUCCCAAAUCCGACAGGGUAUGCAAAUCCCAUAAAUGCAGGAUAACAGAACAGCAACUCAAGUGAAUGAAUAGCAAUUUAGUCAUUCAUUCUACAUUAUCAGCUAGUAGUGAAUUUGUAACAUCCCACUUUUAAACUAUGUUAUAACUAUUUAAGUGUUGGGAAUAUAAUGUUAAAUAUUUCAAGGAAAAGGGAAGAUGGGCAACAUUCAUGAAUGCUGACAUAUAACAUGUUGAAAUUAAUGGAUAUAACAAAUUUUAAAAUCAUUUGAAUUGUGAAUUGUUUUUGCCAAAUUUUGCAUUGUCAAUAAUAUUUCUGCUAUUUUUAAGUAAAUGUUAACAGAACAUUCAACUUGUAUUUAUUGUACUAACAUUUAAUGCUGUUUUGAUAUCAGUAUUUAUGACAGGUCUCUAUAUAAGACUGGUUAAUAACAUAUCAAACAUCACCAUAAAGGAAAAAUUUUAUUUUUUUAUUUCCAGACUAAUGAGUGGUCUUGAUUUUUUCAAAGUUUUGUGUUGAGCAUUGUUAAAUGACAAAAAAAGAUAAUUGCUAUUUGCAUUGUAAAAAAUUAGUAAAAUUAUUACGUAACAUGUUAUUAAAUCAUUGAGGUGUGAAGUUAUGAAAUGCUUAUCUUGUUGAUUGUGUAACCAACACUGACUCUAGUGUAUUAAGGUGUUCUUUGUGAUUUUAUCUUACCUGAUAUUGAUUUUCCAGUGUUGC